AUGCAUGCAUACAUACACACAUACAUACACACAUACAUACAUACAUACAUACAUACAUACAUACAUACAUACAUACAUACAUACAGCCACCCGUCUUUUCCAUUGUUGGCACUGGUUUUUGAGAAGUGUGAGCUAGCCACCUGCACUCCCAGAGAUAUCACGACCAGCCACAACGAUGUCUGUUCCUCUGAGUCCUUUGCUGAAGACAUCAGGGUUUUCGCUAAUCAGGUGAAACUUGAGAAAACCUAUUACGUUCCGAACCCUGAACUGGAUAGUUUAAUGAUACAAGCAAUCCAAGUUCUAAGAUUCCAUCUACUGGAACUUGAGAAGGUUCACGAACUCUGCAACAACUUCUGCCACCGCUACAUAGCCUGCUUAAAGGGAAAAAUGCCCCUAGAUUUUGUCAUAGACGAAGGCGAGGGCGGGCCGAACCCUGGAUACUUAGGGGGCUUGAGCGGAGGGGGUACCGGUAGUAGCAGCGGAGGAGGGGGCAGCAGUGGGAGUGGUGGAAUGGGGAAUCAUAAGGGGUACGCGGACCGCGAUUCACCAGCUGUGGGUGGUGGUGGUAAGGAAAUGUUUUGCUCUGGUGGUGGUGGUGUUGGAGAUAUGACUAAUGGUGCCGAUGAGGUUAGUUUGGGUGUUCUUUGGUGUUUUUUAUUUUGUCGAUACGUUGGUGUGUACGUUUUAGUGGGGUGCUACUUCGUCUGUCUGUACGCUCUUUGUUUCGCGAUGUUCAUUUCACUUCCAAGUUACUAA